AUGGAGUAAGCAUUCAGACAUAAAAUUUCUAUUGCACCUAUGAUAGAUAUUACUUAUGAACACUUCAGAGUGUUUUUUAGACUUUUAACUAAGAAUUGUGUUCUUUAUACAGAGAUGAUUCAUGAAAAUGCUAUUAAUUUAAGUCGAGUCUUAAAACCAUUUCCACUUGUAUUAGAUUAUUCUUAAGUUGAACAUCCAGUUGUUUGUUAAUUGGGAGGUAAUGACCCUGAAAAAUUGGCUAAGGCUGCUUAAAUUGCAGAAUUGGCAGGAUUUGAUGAAAUUAAUCUUAAUGUUGGAUGUCCUUCUGAAAGAGUAUAAGAUGGUGCAUUUGGAGCUUGUUUAAUGAAAGAGCCUCAUUUAGUGGCUAAAUGUAUGAAAACAAUGAAAGAAGCUGUAAAAAUACCAUGUACAGUGAAGUGUAGACUUGGAGUUGAUAACUUAGACACAUAUGAAUUUGUUAGAAAUUUUAUUGAAAUUGUAAACAAAGAAGGAUAAGUGAAUCAUUUUAUAAUGCAUGCUCGUAAGGCAUUUUUAAAAGGAUUGAAUCCACAUGAAAAUAGAACAGUUCCACCAUUGAAAUAUGAUUGGGGUAUAUCAUUUAUACAUUUAAAAUAGUUUAUGAAUUAAAGAAAGAAUUUCCUUAAAUUAAUUUUACUUUAAAUGGGGGUAUUAAAUGUACUGAGCAUAUUGAUUAAGUUAUGCCAAAUGUAGAUGGGGUUAUGAUUGGUCGUACAGCCCAUGAAAAUCCAUGGAUAUUUAGUGAUUUUGAUAGACGUUAUUAUGGAGGAGAAAAUUAAAAUUAUAAUAGAAAGGAGAUAUUAUUAGUAAGAAUUAAUAAUAUAUAAUUAAGCUGUAUGCAGAAUUUGUAGAAGAAAAGAGAGCUAAUGGUUGUAAAGUUUCAACUUAAAUGUGUGUAAAACCAAUAAUUAACCUAUUCAAUGGAGAGAUGAACAAUAAAAAGUAUAGAUAGUUCUUAAGUAAUACUGACAAUCACAAAUUGGGAUUUAGAGUGAUGAUAAAUUAAGUAAUUGAGCAUAUGUAAGAGUGGAACCAAGAAGCAUUGUUGGUCAGACCUAAUGAUUAUAAAUUCUGA